AUGAUAGAGGUCCGAGAAAGCCAAACAGCCGCAUUUUUAAAAUCCAAAAUUUUAGAAACGUUGGCUGAAUAUAAUGUUUCGGUUGAACGUUUAUUCUCAGUCACGUGCGAUAAUGGGGCCAACAUGGUAGCUGCCGUCAAACAGCUCAAAAGUGAAAUUGAGUUGCAAUUUUUUGAGGAGACGGUCGACGAGGAAAGUAUCGCAGAUGUAGAGCCUGGACGUGACAUUUCGGAAGAGUUGAGUACCGAAUUCUACGAGCGUGUUAACCUGGUGAGAUGUGCGGUUCACACUCUACAGCUGGCGAUAUUAGAUGUAGUGAACAAAUCACAUGAAAGCGUGAAAAAUUUGACCAACAUAGCGAAAAAAUGUAAAAACGUAAAAUACAAAACAAAUUUCGACCAUCAUGGUGCGUCUCUGCCACCAGUAUGGAGUCAGACUCGCUGGUGUGGGAUUUUUAAAAUGAUAGAAUCCUUUAAAACUCAAAGAAAUUUUUUUGAGCAACUCGCUAGCCAGUUUACUGAACUAGAUAUAUCCAGCCACUGGGAUUUCAUAAACUCCUAUCACGAUGCGUUCCGUCCGUUAUACAUAUGUACCAAAAAAAUGCAAGAAACGCACGUUUCGUUGUCUGACUUCUAUAUGGCUUGGUUGAUGGCUACUAGCGAAAUAAAAAAGGUUAAAAACAAUCCUUUUGUUGCUAGUAUACUGACAUCUUUAAAUAAAAGGUUAGCUACUCUUCGUGAAUCACGAGCCUUUAAAAUGGCUUUGUUUCUUGACCCUCGGUUCAACUAUCGAGGAUCGACAGUGUUUACUGCUGUAGAAAAAGAGGAAAUUCAGGGAUUCAUCAUGGAUACGUGGAAACGUAUCCACGACUUAGAAUCACCAUCGUCUCUUAACGCCGCUAAUGAUACGUCAUCAGAAUUGGGAUGCAUAGAUGAGUUCGACGAUUAUUUCACCGCUAUGUUCGGAGGAUCUCUCGAUACGGAUCAAUAUCCUAACGAAUCAAAUUUCCUUCAACAAAUGCAGUCCAUUGGAUUGGAGUCACGACAGAAUCAUUCCUACAAUGUAUGGGAUCACUGGUUGCGUCGGAAAAGCACGCAUCCUGAGCUGUAUGCGGUGGCCAUGGUUGUUUUAGCUACACCUUCAAAUCAGGUGUCUGUUGAAAGAGCGUUUAGUGCUCUUUCGCUAGUGCUCUCUAAUUUAAGGACGGGACUUGCGGAGGAUACUUUAGCUAAUAUUUUGCUAAUAAAACUGAAUAAAGAUUUGUUUCAGCAGGCUGUUUCAUCAUUAUAUAAUUGGAAGGAUGUUGAAAAUGUUAAUCAACAAAAUUAA